GGCUGAUGAGCAAACGACAUCAGGUUUCAAGCGUGCCGAAUCUGGACGCUAUGGCAAAGCCACGUGGUUGGCACUCCCGCGGCUCGAGAGCCUGCGGAUUUCUCUUGCUUCUUGGCCGUGCAUACAUGCUGCAGAGCUAGAAACCAGUCACGACUUCGGUCAAACGGGCCUUGCCUUCACAUUCAACACCACAAAACAAUCACCUAGCAUCAAGUUCUGCUCUGCUUUGCACAACGGGACCAGAGGUUUCAACCGUGUAGGCUCUUCUCCACACCGAAUCCAUCAUUCUAACGUCACCGACUGAACUUUGCAAAAAAAAAAAAAAAUGCCUGCUGCACCCAAGGUCGCUAAGAAGAGCGUGGGCGAGAAGUACUUUGUUGACUUCUCCGGCCCCGCUGCUGACGGCAUUCUGGACGCUGCUACUUUCGAGAAGUACCUUCACGAUCGCAUCAAGGUGGAGGGCAAGGCCGGACAGCUUGGAGAUGUGGUCAAGGUGGCUCGUGAGGGCGAAGGCAAGAUUUGGGUCACCACCACUAUUCCCUUCUCCAAGCGUUACCUCAAGUACCUCACCAAGAGAUACCUGAAGCGCAACCAGCUCCGUGACUGGCUCCGCGUUGUUGCUACCUCCAAGCAGGGCUUUGAGAUCAAGUUCUUCAACGUGGCCGGUGUCGACGCCGACGAGGAGGAGUAAAAUGGUGAUCAAUCUGCCCUAGCAAUGUGAUGUCUUCAUCGUCUUGCAGCACCACGCUGUGAAGCUCGUCUUUCUGCUCAUACUCGUGCUCACUCGGCUGGCUCUGUUCGAUCCAAAGCCGCAAAUGAUUAGAUACCUGCGGCAGCCCAUUCUUUCGCACGUCAUGGCAUUUUGAAUGUGCUGACCAAGCUUUGGUGGAAGACGUGAGAGAGAUUGAGACGGAUGGCGUACUGCAGUUCGUCCACUCAUCAGACUCAAGCUCGCAAAAUCACAUUCAGAUGGACGUUCGAGACACGUGGUGAAAUGAUUUCAUCGCAUUGCGAUGCAUUGAUCACGUCGCUUUGGCUUUGGCUUUGACC